GCACAUGUAUUUGCCUUCCUCAGUUGCAGGACAUUUGUCUUUGUAGGCCGCAGUGGCUCGAGGUCGUCAAAAUCAGAAGAAAGUGAUGGAUCAUUAGCACCAAGUAUUGAAAACUUGGAGUGUUUUUAAAACUACCUAAUUUGUUUUUAUAUACUUAAAAAAGGUUAGAAAUCGGAGCACCCUCGUAGAAAAAACAUGGCAGACACGAAGGCCGAGAAAGGCGAGUCUAAAUCUCCUGCAAUAGACCUGGACGCCAUCUUGAAAGAUGAGGUGGGCCAGUUCGGGCGCUACCAGCUCGUCACGCUGGCGCUGGCUGCGUUGCCGGUCAUAUUCUCCGCAUUCGCUUCUGGAGAGUACAUCUUCACCACUGCCAGAAUUCCUACUAGAUGCCGCAUCGAGCAGUGCGACGGGUCCGCGAGCGAGGUCCCUAUGCCCGAGUUCCGGCCGGCCUGGGUGCUCAACGCUAUCAACGGCACCAGCGCGGACUCGUUCGAGGCCUGCUCCCGCUUCCCGGACCAGCUGCCGCAGCUGCCCAGCAACGACACCUGUCCUGCCGACUGGUUUGACCGCUCCACGGAGGUCGACUGCGAUGGGCAUGUCUAUGAGAACAGUCUAAGUGUUGUUUAUGAUUUCGACAUGGCGUGCGACGAGUGGCGGCGCUCGCAGAUCGGUUCGAUCCGCACGAUCGGCACGCUGCUCGUGCUGCCCAUCACGGGCUUCAUCUCCGACCGCUGGGGCCGCCGCGUGGCGCUCACCAUCAACGCCUUCAACACCGGCUGGAUUGGCCUCGUGCGCUCCUUCGUCAACUCUUACGAGUGGUUCCUCGCGCUCGAGGUCAUCGAGUCUACCGUUGGGGCGGGGGCGUUCUCCUCUUGUCAUAUUUUAGUUACCGAACUGGUUGGUCCCAAAUAUCGUGUUAUGGCGGGAGCCACAAUAUCAACUAUGUUUGCUGUGGGACAAGUGAUACUGGGCUUCAUAGCUUGGGGUGUGCCAGCAUGGCGUCCCCUCACGCAGGUGCUCUACAUUCCCCAACUUUUCGUAGUCACAUACUUCUGGAUCCUUUCUGAAUCUGUACGUUGGCUUAUGAGCAAGGGCCGCUAUGAAGAAUCAGAAGCAAUUUUGAAAAAGGUGGCAAAAGCGAACAAAAUGCAAUUGUCUGACAAAUCUUUGGAACUCUUGCGCUCAACCGCGGAAGCUGAGAAAUUGAUCAAAAAACCAAAAGAGCCGUGGCUGCCGCUGCUUGUAUUCAGAUCCCGCGUUAUUCUAAUGCGAUGCUGUGUGGCUCCGAUCUGGUGGAUCACGAAUACUCUAGUCUACUACGGCAUGAAUAUAAAUGCAGUGAAUUUAUCAGGGAAUAGUUACCUGAACUACGUUUACGUGGCGGCUAUCGAGAUCCCUGGGUUCUGGACCGCUAUAUUGCUGCUGGACCGCAUCGGCAGGAAACCUGUGCUCAUUACUGCAUAUUGGCUGUGCGCCGCCUGUCAAUUUAUAUUCGCUUUUAUGCCCGCAGGCAACGAAGGCAUAGCGAUGGCAAUCUACCUAGUGGGCAAGUACAGCAUCGCUAUAGUGAUGACGUCCGUGUACGUGUACACGUCGGAGCUGUUCCCCACCAAGUACCGCCACAGCCUGUUUGCCUUCGCCUCUAUGGUGGGACGACUCGGCUCCAUCACUGCACCGCUAACUCCGGCUUUGGCUCAAGAGGUGUGGGAGCCGCUGCCGCAGGUGCUGUUUGGCAGCUUCGCGCUGGCGUCCGGGGCGCUGAUCUUCACCACGCCGGAGACUCUGCACACCAAGCUGCCAGACACCAUGGAGGAGGCCGAGAACAUCGCCAAGCGCAAGAUGGAUGAUUGAUUUUGUUACUCAUAAACUACUCAUUUUAAUAAUAAAUAAUUUUAUUACCUAAUAACUGUUGCAAUUAUAAUUGUAGACUCAACGAACAAAGAUACGAAUAUAGUAUUUGUCUACAUUCAUAUUAUAAAUAUCAAUAUUAUCA